UGACGUGAUAUGUUGUCACUGAAGCAGGUUAACCUAUAGCUGGCUGCUGUUCACCUAAAUCCUGUUUACAGAUGUGACGUAUUACAUGUAUUCGACCUAACCUUUGAGCCAUGAGUGUAACGUACCUAUCGCCACUCUAUAACUACCUACAGCUGAUUUCAGUCACAUAUACUAUCUAGACUGCCUGGACCAUUCAGCUCAUUGGUAUUCAAGCUGUACUGUAAGACUAAUGGAGUACGACGAAGUCUUGGAGCACGUUGGUCCGUAUGGACGGCACCAGAUGUUGGCAUGGUUUCUGGUCACUGUUCUCUCCAACUGGCCCUUUGCAUGGCAGACGUUCAGCAUGAACUUCUUGGGCUACGAGCCUGAACACAGGUGCAGGAUUCCAUUUGGAGAUUUCAACGACACGUCGGUUGGAGAUGCUGGCAACUACUCGUUUUCCAGCAUUGGGAAGUGCAGUCUGUUCGCCAACGACACCGCAGGCAACAAUUACACCACGGGCUGUGAGUACGGCUGGUGGUACAGCCAUAACCCCGUCACUAACUCCAUCGUUACUCAGUGGGACCUGGUUUGCGAUAAGAACUUUCUGGCAGAGACAGCGCAAGCCAUCUUCAGUUUUGGCAUUCUUCUAGGCGAUCUCCUCUUCGGAUUCCUGGCUGAUAGAUACGGAAGAAGAAAGAUAUUUUUCGGGACAUUGGCGGGCACGGCAGUGGUGGGGUCUGUGGCCAUGUUCUCGCCAAAUGUCUACAUCUUCCUGGUGUUUCGCUUCUUUCUGGGUACAUUGACAGUGGGAUUCUGGCUCACCGGCUACCUUUUAAUACUGGAAAUCUUCCCGCCAAAACAGCGAACUUAUUUCGGAAUUCUGGCAGCAUUUGGCUGGAACAGCGGUGCCCUCACCAUGGCGUUGUUCGGCUACCUCAUCCGGGACUGGAAAACACUACAGCUGGUGAUAUCGUUGCCUGCUCUGGCGGGGGUCUUGGUCUGGUGGUUUGUCCCGGAGUCUGUGCGUUGGUUGUUGGCAAGAGGCAGACAAGGGGAAGCACAGCAGCUGGUCUACAACAUGGUCAAGUUCAACAAUAAGAAACUGCCAGAAGAUUUUCAGCUUUGUGUGCCAAUCUCGAAAAAAGACAGAAGCGCCGGAGACGACUCAAACAACGAAGAGAAAACGUACACGACUCUUGAUUUGUUCAGGACCCCCAAAAUUCGACUGAGAAUAAUUUGCUGCACGAUACUGUGGAUUGUGAAUACACUAGUGUAUUACGGCAUCUCCUUCAGUGCACCCAGUAUUAACGGCGACUUCUACCUCAACUUUUUCCUUCUAAUGGUGAUAGAAGUGCCUGCGGUCAUGUUAGCUUUGUUACUAGCAUGGAGAAUAGGGCGCCGUAUGCCGUUAAUAGUAUCCGGGAUGCUGGCUGGAAUCGCCUGUAUCGUCACUCCUUUUAUUCCAACGGACACAGCCGCCGGACUAUGGUCAGCACGUAUACUACCUGCACUGGGGAAGUUCUGGAUGAAUUCCUCCUUCACUAUCCUCGUACUCUACACCACAGAACUCUUCCCCACUGUGCUAAGGAGCAAUGCGGGAGGUUUUUCUUCCCUUGCUGGCCGACUGGGUGGCAUAGCAUUUCCUUACAUCAACUACCUGGGCAAACUGGACAUCGGUCAAGUGGCCAAAAAACUUCCGUUUAUCCUGUACGGUGUUCUGGCCAUCCUUGGGUCACUUGCUGCGUUCCCGCUGCCAGAGACCAAAGACGCCAAGUUGUUAGAACAUGUUGAAGACUUGGAGGGGUCCUGUACGGUGGAGAAACACCAUGGGACGAGAUAUGGUGCCAAUGAGACUUCUAAAAUGUGAACUUAAAUUGAGCCACUUUUUAUGGGUAUUCGGUCACUCUGACACCACCACCACCCCUCACUCAGCGUAUUUUUAUUAACAAGACGUAUGAAUCUGUAUUCAAUGAAUAAUUUUUACAUUAUUUCUUUUUAGUUAUCGUAUGUAAAAUUUGAAUAUUAAAACAAUAUUGGUGCCAUUAAAACGAAAAUAAAUUAUUAAUUCCUUUUUAGCAAUAAAAAACAGGAUACUGUACAUGGA